GCUUGUGAGAACAAGAGGAGAAUGAAUGGUCAUGUAAAGAAUAUGCAUUUUCACCAGUUUAUGGAAUCAGCAGCAGCAUUACUCGCUUUCCUGCUGCUUCUGGCUGUUGGUUCAACAAGAGUUGUGGCAGCGAGCAGAAACCCGCAGUGUGGGAAUGCUCUGCAACAGACUUUAAAGAUGACCAGACUUACACAGAAAGAGGCUGUUAAUCUAAUCAAAACAUAUAAAACAGCUCAAGGAGAAAGGUCAGAGCUCUUCUGCAAGGUAUCAGUUAACAACAUCCCUGACCCCAACAUCUCUGGGCUGGAGCCCUCAGAGAGGAUAGCAAGCAUCUACACGCAUCUCCAAAGCUUCUCCCCACAUUUCAAGCGAGUUUACGAGCAGCAGACAGACUUGCAGCCCCCCACGAGCCUCCUGCUGAACGAGCUUGCUGUUGUCAGCACUCACAGCAGGAGCCUUGCUCUCCUUGUGAAGAACUUUUAUCACAACUACUUCCCAAACGUGCCGCUUCCAGAGCCAGCUGGCGGGCCCACAACACUACCUCCGCCUCAGAAUGUCUUCCAGCAGAAGAUCUACGGCUGUGGAGUCCUGAAAGCCUUCAGGGAGCUGCUGUCAAACAUUUCCAGAGACCUGAGGACUCUAAAAAACAAAGUCUGUAGAAGGAAGAUACUAACAAAUACAUCCUUCUGAAGAUGAGCUGAGACUGAUCUCAGUCAGUCAGUUUCCAGCAGCACUUUACUCACUUGGUUGUUAAAGACUGAAGAAGAUGAGUGAGUAUGAAGGUGGCAGGUACAUCAAUAUAAGGGAAUCUAUUUAUGAUAUUUAAUAUUUAUUGUUAUGAGUGUUUCUGUUCAGUGGGAUGCUAUUACAAGAGUGAAGAGUUGUUUUCAUGCAAGUUAUCUUUAUUUAAAUAGUGUAAUAUAUUGUCUAAGGUUCUGUGAUGUAAACUUAUUUGCUGUACACAAAAUUCAAAACUGUACUGGUUUCUCACCGUUGAUUUCUUUGCAUGGCUGGAUCUGCAAUGGAGAAAAGAAUCAAAAAUAAUGUGUCAUCUCAUUUGCUGGACUGCUGAAAUAAAAACAAAAGCCC